AGCGAAGAAGGCUCAGGCCAAGCUGAGUGAGGGGCGCAGCCAUGGCCAACCUGCGCGUCGCCUUGCUCUUGCUAGUCGGCCUCUCCUGCGUCGCCGGCCUGCUGCCGGGCGCCGCCCCGGCGCGAGGCGCCGCCGCGGGGCAGCAGCGCGCCGGCUCGGUCACCAUGGCGGGCGCCGCGGCGCUCGCCAAGAAGACCACGGUGCUCGAGGGUGUCAAGGAGAACAUGGACGGCUCGGCGCUGAUGUUUUGCGUGCGCUCCGAGGGCCUGCGGGUGAACGAGCUCAACGACCUGCGCAUGAAGCUACCGGAGGGCGUCCGCCUCCAGUGCGUGAAGAACACGCUCGUCAACAUCGCCGCAAAGGACUUUGAGCAGUUCAACGCCGAGGGCCUCGACGGCCUGCUGCACUACUCCAACUAUUGGUUCUUCGCGACCGAGGCGGGCAUGCGGGACUCGAUCAAGGUGUGGAAGACCUUCACCGAGGAGUCCGGGAGGAAGGAGAGCGGCGAGAUCGUCGGCGGCAUCUUUGACGCGCAGGUCCUUGACGGCAAGGGCGUGGAGGCGGUGAGCAAGCUUCCCACGAAGCAGGAGCUCAUGGGCAAGACUGCGCUGCUGCUUAAGGCCCUGCCGACCAAGCUGGCGCGCUCGCUCAACGAGGCGGGCGCGGUCCGGAUCGCGCGCGGGCUGGAGCAGGCGCGCGGCCAGAAAAUGGUGCGUGCGGUCAAGGCCGCCUCCGAGAAGCUCCCGUGAGGCCCGUCGCUCGUUUGAAGGUCGGCGGUCGUGAGAGCGCAGAGGUUGCCGAGAGAGGCGCCGCGCUCUGGUGGAGCCGGCGGGGCGCAGCGGUGCGCAGGCUGGGGCGGUGCGUGUGUGUGCGAGCCGCCUUUCGUGUUUCGGGGUGUAUACGCCUUGCGCACCUUGCCAAAAACCGCGGGGUUGACGUCACACAGCGCCUGCAAUGAUGAUUUAAACAGCAUUCACUGAAUC